GUAGCAUGUAAUGCCCAUAGAAAGGAAUUUCUGAUUGCCUCGAAGGAUGCAGCGUCAUCUUCAAACGGGAGAUAGAUUUUCGCAACGUUACCUAGAAAGUUUUUAUUCCAUUUCAGAAAGCUUCAAGAUUUUUUGUCAGUCAGAGAUUUGUGUCCACCAUGUUUGAACGAAGAACCACUUUCUUUCUCACCAACCGGCGGCGAAGGCGAAGGUUUAUCUCUCCCACUUGACUAAGAACGACAUUUCUUUAUCUCUCUUGCCCCUUCGCAGUUGCCUGCGUCUCUUUCUCGCAUAAGCAAGCAUCUGCUAAUCUCUUCCUUGUUCCAUCCAUUGACAAGAAAGUGUUGCCUUUUUUCUUUUGGAUACCUUCAAUCUCCCAAUAUUCAAAGAGCUUGUUCUGCAAGAGAAUUUUUCUUCAGCGUUUUAAUCAUUGGCUACCACAAGUGACGUUUUUUGUGGAAAUCCCCUAGUGUUUGUACUUUUCCUGUUCGUCCCAUUUACCUUCCGUCGUCAAACUCCAAUUCAUCGAGAUAAGUUGGGCUUCCUAGCUAUUUUUCUGUCUAUAUAUCGAUCAACGAAAGGAAAAAGUUCGUUGUCCUCGGCUGGAGUUGCAAUUUCUCUCCGAGGAAGCCUUUACUCAGGUUGAAGUCUGAGGUGGGGUUGAGAAAAAAUGGCGUCUUUCCAUGCUGUGCUCAACAAUUCGGUGGUUCUGGACCGAUCGAACCUAUUUAAGCUUGAGAAGUCCAAUCGGAUUCGUGGCGCAACCCUUCGAUCUCCGAGUUCAGUUAGAGUGUUCGCUUCAAUUUCUUCGGAGCUUCGAAAGGAAGCGCUUGAGAAUGGGGCAGGAACGGGGAUGGGUUUUGCUGACAGCAAAGAGGUGAUAGAGGCGGAAGCGAAGGUUCUUGUGAGGUCGUAUGCAAGACCCAACAUGGUACUCACGAAGGGGAAGGGAUGCAAAUUGUAUGAUAUGGAAGGGAAGGAAUACUUGGAUCUGACGUCCGGAAUCGCGGUGAAUUCUCUUGGGCAUGGAGAUCCUGAUUGGGUGAAAGCCGUAACCGAACAAGCCAAUACUCUUACUCACGUCAGCAAUGCGUAUUACUCGAUUCCACAGGUUAAGCUCGCAAAUGCUCUCGUAGAGUCUUCCUUUGCAGAUCGUGUCUUCUUUUCCAAUUCAGGGACUGAGGCAAAUGAAGCAGCUAUAAAAUUUUCAAGGAAAUUUCAAAGAUACUCAAAACCUGAUGAGCCUAACCCUGCCACUGAAUUCAUUACCUUCACAAACAGCUUCCAUGGAAGAACAAUGGGGGCCCUUGCUUUGACAAGCAAAGAUCACUAUAGGAACCCCUUUCAACCAGUCAUGCCUGGAGCAACUUUUAUUGAGUAUGGGAACAUAGAAGCAGCAAGGAAUGCCAUUCAAGCUGGAAAAACUGCAGCAGUGUUUGUGGAACCUAUCCAAGGUGAAGGUGGGAUACAUAGCGCCACAAAAGAGUUUUUGGAGUCACUUAGGAGUGCUUGUGAUGAUUCUGGUGCACUUUUGGUCUUUGAUGAGGUGCAAUGUGGACUGGGUCGAACAGGAUUUCUUUGGGCACACGAGGCAUUUGGUGUGAAGCCAGACAUCAUGACACUAGCUAAGCCUCUUGCUGGAGGUUUACCCAUAGGUGUUGUUCUGGUCACAGAUAGAGUGGCAGCUGCAAUCAAUCCUGGAGACCAUGGCAGUACUUUUGCUGGUGGGCCUUUGGUUUGCAAUGCGGCCCUUGCUGUACUUAAUAAGAUCAGGAACCCUAGUUUCCUUGCUAGUGUCUCUAGGAAAGGCGAGUAUUUGAAAGAUUUGUUAGUUCAGCAUCUGGGGAAGAACAAGCAUGUAAAGGAAGUUCGUGGUGUCGGGCUAAUAAUAGGUAUUGAAUUAGAUGUUUCUGCUUCUCCACUAGUAGAUGCCUGCCGAGAUGCAGGGCUUCUGGUCUUGACUGCAGGAAAAGGCAAUGUUGUUCGAAUUGUACCACCGUUGGUGAUAACUGAGACCGAACUAGAGAAGGCUGUCGAGAUUUUGUCAAAUUGCUUUCCUGUUUUAGAUAAUGCAGAUUCAAACUGAAUGCCGUCGGACUAGUCUCUGACUUUGUAAUGGCUUAUUGCUAAACAGGGCAUUGUCAUGCAUUUUGUUUCAAUCUACUUGUGUAUCAUUUAUUUCUUGCUUGUUCAAUUUUGGACACCCAUUUGUAAGUUGUAACCGAUCCUUGAAAGGGACUGAAGUGCUUCUUGAAAUAAAGAAUCAAACGAAGCACCGGUUGUUGUU